AUGGAAACGCGUGUGCCGGGGGGAGGAGGGGGCCCGCCGGAGCCGCAGCAGCUCGACAGAUUUUCAGCUCCUUCGGCCGCCGCCGAUGAGGACAGGGAGGACAGGGACCCUUUCCUCCCCGCGGGCUGCGGGGGGAGCGGGGGGUACCGCAGGAACCCCCGCCCUGGACGGGCUUUAGCGAAGCACCCGAGGGGCUGCGGCAGCAGGAGGGGUCCCCCGGGGGAACGAUCUCCGCCCCCGCCCCCCCCGCAGGCUGCCCAGCUGCUCCGACCCGCACUCCGCCGGCUCCGCAAGGACGCAGCGAGGCCCCGGCGGGAGGUCUGCUCCGGGACCCCGGGCAGGUGCCGUGCAAGCCCCGAGCCCUCCCGGCUCCCCCCCCCCCCCCGCGGAGCCCGUUUCGUGGUGCCCCACUCCUGCCGGGGCCGGAGUCCCGCCCCGCUGGGGGCGCGGUCAGCGCCUCCGCGGGUCUGCGCGCAUCCUCCGCGGUCCGCCGGGCACCGUGAGCCGACCCGGGCACCGCGCUGUGCCCCCCCGCCCCGCCCCGCCCCGUCCCGUCCCCGGGUCCCGCGCUGCUUCCCUCCCGGCGUCCCGCUCCCCCCACCGCGCCCGGUGCCGCACGCCUGGGAGGGCAGCGCGGGGCUCCGCGGCAGCGCUCCCCCCGCACCCCUUGGGGCUGCCGGCCACCCCGCGGGCUCGCUGGGGCGGGAGGAGGGAGAGAGGCCGGCCCCGCUCCGGCCGCCGGGGGAGCGGCGCGGGACGGAGGGAGGCGGCUGGGACGGGACCGAGCGGCCGCCCGAGCGAGAGCCGGCGGCGGGCCGGGCGGGCAGCCGCGGGGCUGCGGGCGGUUGCGGGCAGGGCCGCCCGGCGGGGCCUCGCCCACCUUUCCGGCAGGCGGGAGCCUCGUCCUUCGCCUGCCCGGGAACAACCCCGCCGAGAGGAGGGGGCUGGAGCGGGCAGGGGGUCCGGGGGCAGACGCAAACUACAGGCAGCGGACGGGGCCAGCACCGCGGGCCAGCGGGAUCUCCUUGCAGGAGCUGA